GUCGAAUUCGUAAAUAACCCGAAGAAUGAACAACUCCAGCUCUAUAAGAUGGACGUUAUUUUUCAUCUUACUGAUAGCACUUGGUCUUUUUGCGUACAAAGUUCUUAAAAGUUUGCCAAGUACCAGAAUCGCGAGGCUGUACCGAAAGAUGCCGUACAACAAACUGAACAAACCGUCGCCUCGCAAUGCUAAUGACGUUUCUUACAUCAGCAGAUAUUAUAAAAUAAUGAAACCGACUACUGUGAUCGUGCCAAAAACGCAACCAAAACCAGUAAUUAGAAAGUCGAAACUAAAAUGGAAAAGGGGUAUUAUAUUUUACCGAGAAAUCAACCCGAUUUCUGCACCUAAACUGCACAUUCUUUUGUUACACGGCAAAAUGUUUACAUCUGCAAAUUGGGCAAAAUUGAAUACUAUGAAUAUUUUGGCUGCUCGUGGAUAUCGCGUGGUGGCGAUGGAUUUGCCAGGUCAAGGAAAAUCAACAUACAAGUUCCAAGUUCAUUCAAACGACAAAAACAGAGCGAAGUUUUUGGCGAAUUUUAUGCGUGAAGUUGGUCUCGUAUCGCCGGUGAUUGUAUCACCGUCGUCAAGCGGGCGAUACAGUAUUCCCUAUAUCACUGCUUUGAAAAAUUCAGCCAAAGAGGUGUUGAAUGGGUUCGUUUCUAUCGCCGCGGUUGGCACAGACAGAGUGCCUGGAAAGGAAUACAAGAAUUUUCCAACAACACUGAUCGUGCGGGGCUCAAAAGAUACCUCAUUAGGCGAGACAUCUUCAAGUACACUUCGAUUAAACAUACCUCAUUCUGUCGUGAAGGUGAUCCAAGGAGCAGGGCAUGCUUGCUAUAUGGAUAAGCCUGGCGAAUUUCAUGCAAUAUUGCUGAAAUUCCUUAAAGAUAUUUUUAGUCAUGGGAUUUAAAUUAUUGGGUUUUCCUCCUUCUUUGAAGCCUCGAUUUCGACAUAGCACCGGAAUUAUGAGCUUUCCCAUACUCUUCCCAUAGUUCCCUCGAGGCCCACGGUAUGCACUACACAUUAAGAUGCCAUGCAUGAUCAUCUCACUCGGCCGAUAUCAUGCACAUUGUGGUAUUUCAACUAGUGGUUAACAUAUUUCACCGUCUGAACCCACAGUAAAUCUAUUCAGAAAGCAAUUAAUAUGGUACCAGAUGGUAUUAUAUCAGGCUCUUUUAUUAUAAAUCUAUACAGGCAGAUACAGUUUAGUUCAAUUUGUAGACACUUUACCGGCACAUCCUGCAAAAACAAACCCAUGCAUGCACCAUUUUAUUGCAAUGAAAAAUAAAGAAAUAUCAUUCCUGGAUAUAUGUUGUCAUUCCUUAUUACAGUUUAAAUCAAUGUCAUGGUUGUCCUUUCAGUUUCUACGUUCUAAAUAGACUAUACUUUAUAUAUGAUUAAGGGGCUGUAAUGUAUAGGAUGACCCGUCUAAAGUUAGUUAAAUACACUCAUCCGAAUAUUAAGAUUAAGAAAUAAGCGUAAAUGUAAAUGCUAUUCACAGGUAUAUAUCAAAGAUUAGGAGUUGAGAGAGCCCUCGUGCAAUACCAUGCACGGCAUAACGGUCGAUAUCGAUAGGCAAAUUGGUAACAAUGAGAUGCGGCCAUGGCUUCGUUUCGCCCGCCUUAAAAUUCGCGAGGAGAUGAAAAGUCGAAAAAAGGGCCGAGGAAAAUGUGUUAAAAUCUUUCGUUUUAUUAGUCAGAAUAAUAAGUUUCUAUUUAUCCAUAUAGCAAUUUAUGAAUUCAAACCCAAAUAGUGUACUUCAAAUAAGGAGUACUUCAAAUAAAGAACCUAGU